CUCUGCGGUGACAGUUACUGUAAAAUUUGUUAUGAAUUUUUUGCUGAGACGUGUGCUUAGAGUAUGUCAGUGGCACGCUUUCUAUUAAAUUUUUUGUAUAUUAUAAACCACUGCGCAAUUGUCGCGCAGCUUUGAUUGUCACGUGCGUCGUCUCGUGACAACAGGAAGGAGGAACAAAAACACUGUGAGGAUGCCCCUGCUGCUGCUUUGAUACUUUUCAACUCUUCAUUUUUCAUUUGCAGAAAGCAACAGACAGCAAUGACUUCAAUUAUAAAAGAAACACAAAGCAUAAAAGAAGCGGUGACUUUCAUCAAUGCGAUUGAUGUGAACAAGUUCUCCAGGCUGAUCUCCCGCAUCAUACAAAAGCUUCAUCUGAAGGGAGAGCGAACAUUUAGUGAAGAAGAGGAGCAAAAACUUCAAGCUGCUCUCUCAUUGGAUAAACAGGCUCUCAGUCUUGUCCUGGAAACUGCUGCCUUUAUACUAGAGCAGGCCGUGUAUCAUAAUGUAAAGCCAGCCUCUCUGCAGCAACAGCUCGAGGCGGUUCAUUUAAAUCCAGACAAGGCAGAGAUGUUCUCUCAAACCUGGGCCACCGCCGGACCUGAGCUGAUGGAGAGACUCAAGCACAAUAUCUUUGCCCCAAAGAAGCUGGAGUAUGUGGGCUGGCAGUUAAACCUGCAGAUGGCCCAGUCCAGCCAAGCCAGACUGAAGUCUCCCAGUGCUGUCCUCCAGCUGGGGCUCCACAGUGAAGACUCUGAGGUUCAGGAAAAUAUCUUUGUUGAAUUUAACCAUGAGGAGCUGGUUGAGUUCUAUAACAAGCUGGAAAUCAUGCAAGGCCAAUUGGAUUCCCUCACUUGAUGCUCACACACACGCACACACACAGAGUUGCCGUUAGUGUUUUGCUGAUAGCAAUGCCAGCUGGCUUUGCAAGUCCAUUCUUUCUCUGAUUUAUUAGAGAAAAGUUUCAAAAUUUGAUGUAUGGAGUCCCAUUAAAUCCAGGUUUGUAUUUCUAACUCAAGGAGGUUGUUGUGAUGAAUCAAACUUUGCUCAAAGUCUUUUAUGUCUUCAUCAGGGAAAUGCUGGGAAAGUUUACUCUGUAAAUGUAAAUUGCGCUGAAACACGUUUCAUAGUAACAUUUUUCUAUGCCAUGUUUGCUUGCCCUGUAAAUCAGUUACAAUAAGAUGUUAAAAAUGUGCCAGUAGUCAAUGAUCUUCAAACUUCACUGUGGAAAUAAAAUUGGAAGUAAAAUGAAGUUAAAUGUUAUGUUGAGUUGAAAUGAAUGGGUUUUGUAACUUGGAGAAUGAACUAGUGUCCACGCCAUUCUAAUAAAAUCUGAAGUGAAGGUGAAAUCC